AUGUUGCAAGAUCAGUCCCAAGCCUGGCGAAUCAGGAAUCACGCCCAAGGAGUUUGCACCAAUGAGGGCAUCGACCAAAACCUCUCGCUCGAGGAAGUGCCUAAACCCAGCCCGAAGGAAGGCCAGGUUCUUGUCCGAAUCCACGCUACCUCUCUUAACUACCGAGACCUCCUGGUUUUGACUUCGGACCCCGUAUACCUCGGCGGAGAUCCUGAUGAUGGCAUAAUUCCACUCGGCGAUGGCGCUGGUGUUGUCGUCGAAGUCAAUUCGACAACAUCGAGAUGGAAAAUCGGCGACAGGGUCAUCAAUGCUACCAACUCAUCUUGGAAAGCCGGCCAAACUCAGGCCGCCUUUGACAUUAAACUCGGUCUGGGUGGAAAGAACAUCAACGGAGUUUUGCAGCAAUAUGCUGUCUUCGACGAUGAUGCACUGGCUCCUCUGCCCUCUCACUUGUCCUUUGAGGAAGCUGCAGCUCUAAGCGGCCCGUAUGUGUCGGCUUGGAAUGCGCUGUUCGGAGGCCCUCAACAACUGAAGAAGGGAGACACUGUGGUAAUUCAGGGUACUGGUGGGGUGAGUGUUGCCGGGCUACAGAUCGCCGUCGCUGCCGGGGCUGAUGUUAUCGCCUUCUCAACAUCAGAGGAGAAACUCGAUCUCCUUCGAAAACUUGGUGCUAAGCAUGCCAUCGGUUACAAAAACACGACCAACUGGAGCCGAGAGGUUCUCGACUUGACUGGUGGCCGUGGUGCUGACCAAGUCCUUGACGUUGUUGGUGCUUCGACCGUGGCAGAGUCGGUACGUGCGGUACGACAGGAUGGUCUGGUAACGGCCAUUGGGUUCAUGUCUGCCUCUGAGAAGCACGAUCUAAUUCCAGAGCUCAUUUUUGGUGCCAAGACAAUCCGAGGCUUGAUGUACGGCAGCCUAGGCAUGCUUCAGGAUCUCAGUGCCUUUAUUGAGAAACACAAGAUCAGACCAAUCAUUGCAGAGGCUUAUGAGUGGAAAGAUGCCAAACUGGCUUAUAAAGCCAUGCUUGCCCAAGGAUUUGUUGGGAAGAUUGUGAUCAAGGUCGAGUAA